UGUAACAUUGUGAGAUCUGGUGGAUGAAAAGCAUUGCAAUGCAGAACAAAUGUGCAGUUGGAACAUGUAUUUAAAUCUACCUACAUACAUAUGAACAGCAAAAUCUGCUUCUUCUUGAUUCAUGUAAAUAUAUUAUUAGCUGUAUAUUUAUUAGUGAAAUUAGUUGCAGUGGACAAGCUGAGGAUUUAUUGUAAAGUUGGAGAAAUUUUAAAACCUAAAAAACUUGGUGAAACUAGCCGUAAAACUGUGUUAAUGAAAUUUCAAACUAAACAAGGUAAUCAGGUUAUCCACAAGCCCAAUUUACGAUCACUCAAAAAUGGAAAACUCUGGAGAACAUUCACCUUGUCUGCUUAAUGAUAAGAAAAUAAAUUCGGGAGGAUAUGAGCCAAACUGCAGAGGUCAAGAGAUGCAAACUGCAUUGCUACAGAAUUUUGAGAAAACGAGAAAUACUAUUACCAGCAUCUUAAAGAAAUGGGAUGCUUCAAGUAUGCAGAAUGAAACCAGCAUUGAAGAACUAAGGGACAUUGUACCAUCUUCAACCAACAAGACCAACGCUGCAGAGCAAAAAUGGAUGAAAAACGUAAAAUCCCUGUAUAAGAAGUAAAUGACAGAUUUGAUUUCCGAUUAUCUGUUGGAGAACCUUUUCCUUGAGGAAACCAACUUUAAUGAGAUGCAUGCAAAAAGUGUUGCUCGAACAAAUGAACAAAUACAAAAGGACUUCGACAAAUGUGCAAAUCCACCCAACGCAUUACCCGACGAAAUCAAGGGCAAGGAUGAUAAACCUAAUACGGAAGCAUUUCUAGUGGCAUCAAGAAUUGUAGCUGAUUUGCACAAGGGAGUGGAAUCUGAACAUAACCAACGACGAUCUAUUUUGGACGAAUGCCGAGAAAAAUGCAAAAAAGGACUAUUCAUAUCUAUUCUGAAAACAUGGGUCGUCCAAUUUGUCGAGAGAAGGGUGACUGGAACAAUUUUUUUAAACGAAUUUAUUGUCACCAGGGUCAACCUAACAACUUCAAAAUUAGGAGCACUUUUUGUCAACGAAAUUAAACAGGACCCUGACAUCAAAAUCUAUUUCAACUCGUUUCAACACAUUGAAAAGUGUUUGGAUUCAUUUAGGAAAGAUAUGAAUAAGAAAUUCGAAUGUAACCGUUCUUUCGGUCCGAACAAGUUCAUCGAAGUGAUUAAUACGGCUAAACAAUCUGCAAUGCAACUCUUCAACUGCAACUUUGCGCCUGCCCAAGAAAUAUUAAAUCACGGCAUAGAGCUUUUCAAGCUUCAAUAUGCCAAAGAGAAUGAAAGCAUUAAUCAAUAUGAAAUUAUGCUGGCUAAAGAAUUGCUCCCACAAAUUCAAGAUUUCUACAGCAAAAUUAUGAAAGAUUUUACCAAUGAGAAAAUAUUCAUCGCAAAUCAGUUAGAACAAUUGCACAACUUGGUUAUAGAAAGAUCGCUCACAAUAUUUUGGAAUUCAUGUGGGUUUCAACCAAAUCAAGAAAUGCAAUAGGCUUGAAAACUGAAGUUGAGGAAUUUGAACACGAGCUACAAAGGGAGUUACAGACCUAUGUAAAUAGGAAUAAUCUGAAAGUAAUGAAAAUUAAAAGUCAAAUCUUGGCAUUGCAGACGGAACAGAGAAUAAAUUACAAUGACGUCAUGAACCGAUUUCUUCCAAGACGAGGACCAUUUCUUAAUGAUGUACAAGAUUUUGAAAAGAAGCAUAUCUCUUCCAAAACAGAAGCUGUCAAGUUAUUGAAAAUGGAAAUGUCAAAAUUGCAACUUACACUGAUAAUACAUUAAAACUUUGGAAAGCGACAUCGACAAGGACUGGGUCGAAAUAAAGAAAGAGUACGAGAAGCGGAAACAGAGAGAGGAGUACACGAGGACGCAAAAAGUCACCCAGGAACAAAAAACGAGAGAAGUUGAAAAGGAGGAGAAAAAACGUGAAGAAGCUAAAAAGGUGAAAGCACAGGAAGCAGAAUUUAAUCAGCAUAAAAAAAAUGUGGCUACGUCACAGCAAAAACCGACCAACAAAAUUGGAUCUCAACAAUCGUCAUCUGACACUUCAUUUAAAAUUCCAGAAGCAGUAGUCAGGCAAGAAAUUCAGGGACUGGCCAUUGAGUUUGCAUUCUCCAAAGUCAGGGUUGGACGAAUGGUGAAGGACAAGGUCGAGAUUGUGCCCAAUCCGUGGGGAGAGGAAUGGACCCCCACAGUUUUAUCAGUCACUGAAGAAAAUGAAGUCCAAAUUGGAGAAGAGAUAAUUGAGAAUAAAACCAAAAUAUAUAUCGCACAAGCAAUUACUAGUCCAGACUGACGUUGAGAAGAGUGUUGGAGGAAGCUGGACCCGGACAGUCAUCUCCGUGCCUCUCUGCCUGACCAGUAUGCAACGCCAAGAAAUGAGAGACCAUAACGUGGACACGUGCUUGCUAGUGGGAGUGGUCCAUACCUUCGAUUGCUAUUUUGAUGCUGCACUGUAUCGUUGGUGUCGAAUUCAUGGCUCAAACAUGGAGAUGGAAAUGAUUGGCAGUUGUGGAAAUCUACAUUCCACAGGUUCGGCUAAGCAUGCAUUGUUUGAAUCACUUAAGGGUGGUUUUACCAAUGUAAUGAGAACAUUUGCCGGAAAACAAGCAGAUGAACUAAGAUUUAUGAUCCGAGAUAUGUUUAGAGUGAGCAGGGACAAGAUUCCAACAAACAUUUGUAUCAACUAUGGAACUAGGAUCGAGAUAGAAAAUAUGGUUAAAGAUUAUGGUCGUACAACAGAUAAUACGGACAUCUCUGUAUUGGGUGGCGCCGCAAUACUAGCCGAGAGGCUGUCGAAAUGUUCUGGAAAUGCUCCAUUGUCAACACUUUAUAUCAAAGAAAGGGCAACUUACACAUUUGAAAGAAACUCGCUAUACAGGACCAAUACGAUUUUUGAGGGAUACAAAUCAAUUGUUGGAGCCAGAAUUUUCGAAGAUCAAACCAUCGGGUCUUUAUCGGAAGGACAGCAAAAAAUUGUCAUCUGGGAAACGUCACAAAAUCUAACGCAUCAAGUUGGUACUAUUGUCGUGGAAGGAACUGAUUGCAGCACUUUUAAACCCCGUCCUCCAGAAUAUAGAGUUAAAUUUAGUCUGAGCAAUGAGGGGAUUUUCAGUAUUGAUAAGGUUUAUUAUAAAUAUCUUGCACAGGAGCAUACAAUACAGUACGAAUGGAAGACGCCACUCAUCCCAGAGUCCGACUUGGUCAAGUCGAAAUCAUUUGUGGAGUCCAUGGCGAAAGACGAAAAAAGGGAGUUGCUAGAAAAGACAAAGAACGAAUUGAGCGUCAUAACCAACAAAAUCAAGGAAGGAAUGUAUAAAGUUGAAGGGAGGAUGAUCGCUGAGAAAUUGCUACGUGAAGGAAUAUCGGACGCCGAAACAAUGCUAAGUCAUCCAAAAACAACCCAAGAGAUGCUGAACAAUAAAAUCAUAGUUCUAUCCCGACUUCAAGAAAAGUAUUUGUUAAUUUAACUCUAGUUUACGAAUUCAGACGUAUUCCCUAAAUAAUGAAGUAGUUUAUAAUACUUUAAAAAUUUGUAUGUACAUCUUUGCAUACUUGAAAAAUGAAAGCAUUAUUAUACGUACGUCAAUUCAUUAAAAAUCUUGGUUUGCUUACUCAUAAUCUAUGUAUGUAUAAAUGUAUAUAUGUAUAAAUUACUAAUUCAUAAUCUAUGUAUUAAGACCACCGUUUAUUGAAUCAAAACAGUCAACUUCAUAAGUAUCUAUGUACAUAUAUAUGUAGGUGGGUAACGCCUUUACUGUAAAAAAUGUAAAAAAUGAGAUCUGAAUUUUGUACCAAAAAUUCGUCUACAUACAUAUUGAUGGUAAAUAUAAAACUUGAACGUGCUGUCACUAUGGUGUUGUAUUGCUCUCCUCUAGGAAUGGUUAGGGAUGAACCUGCGCCAAGUGAAAGUACAACUCCGACCCAGCUUAUUUAAGAAGGCCUCCCAAUAUUCGUUCAAAUGCAUUCAAGGAAAAACAACCUUACGAUGAUGCAGAAAAAUUCAAUAUUGAUAAAUUUCAAGGUUAACAAAAGUCGUGGGUUUCGUUAACCUUGAAAGGAUUCCAAACUUGCGUAACCUACGCCGAUAUAAAUGCCAACUUGUUAUCUUAAAAUUUGUGAUAGAUUGAUACUCAAUAGAGAAACUAUAUGUUGUAAGGGCAUAACCCGUAAUCGAUGCACAUAAUUAAUCAGAAGUAUGUACAAGAUAUCAAUUUCCGACAUAUAUUUCAUAAUCGGCCCACUUAAUUGAAAAUGAUCAGUUCUUAAGACUUAAAUACUUCGGAUCUCAAUAGUCCUAAUUCAUCCUCAUAAUUCUUCUUCACUUCUUGAAUGAAAGAAGCAACACGAUAUGAAUGCACUUUGAGGGGCUUCUUCUCGUUGUCAGUACGACGACCUUCGCAAUUGAAAAUAGACGACGAUGACGCACCAAUUUCUUCCCAGAAGACGCUAUCUGUUCUCCCCUUUCACCAGCCAUGAAAGAGCAGGGCGAGUUGGGGAUGCGGCGGAGAAAGCUACAGGUUACGCUUACUCGAAGGAGGAGAAAGUGAGAUUUUCAUCACGUCUAAAACAGAUAAUUGCAAUUAUCAUUAUCGUGAAAUCGUCAUCAUGGCGAAAGAGAAAGUGCAACUUUCUGAAUUAAGCUUGGCUGCCAUGGGAAUUUUUAGCGUCGCUCUUAACUUGACAAUUGCCGCACUGGUCUGGAGAAAGUCCCUGAGCAAGAAGUUAAUCCAAGAGGACUUCUUGAUUCUGAACGCAUCCUUGACAGCUGCCGUCGCAUCGGUAAUUGGAAGCGUGUACUUGUUCGACAAUGGAUCUUUGCUGGCCGGAAAACUGACCUGCCCCGUGGCAGCUUUGAUUUGGAUGUUUGUCAUCAAUCUGAUCCCAACCGCCGUGCUCGGACUGAAUUACGAGCGGAUGAGAGGUCAUCUGAAACCGGCGAUGAAGCGGCUCAACCUCCCUUUGACGCUGACCGUCUCCUGGCUGAUUGCGAUUCUUGGCGCUGUGCCCAAUUAUUUCAGCGUCGUUUACAAUGUGAGGAGCAAAAUGUGUGUCAAGCAGAAACUCCUGUUUGGCGUGAAGUGGGCUGGGUUGGGAUAUGAAAUUUUUAGAUUUUUCAUGGUCCAUGUCGCUGUCUGCAUUUAUAUUGCGUCUGAUCUCUACAAAGUGAAAUCCAUGUUUCCCUACAUCUAUAAGAGCAAUGCUGGGGUUAACGAUCGGCUGAAGCAAUGUGUACCUCGGGUCCGCUUCCUCUACAUCAACUCUGUCGCCUUCAUCUUGACCUGGAUUCCCUUUGGAAUGAUCAUAACCAUAUAUCACAACAUCUGCUUCCCCCCGGCGACCAAGGGCGUGAUUGACUUCCCCGUGACGAACUUUGCAAUGAGGACACUCUUCUUCGUGUAUCUCAUGGUCCUGCCCAUCACCAUUUUUGGCACGAACAAAGAACUCACCAAGAGAACGGUCUACCGUGUGAGUGACCCCAACCGUCGGACACAGCGGAUCAGGAUUGUCCGUUGGAGGGAUCGAUAUGGUCGUGGUAACCUGAUUGACAGAGGUCGUAGGAAUGGUGGAGGUCGCCAGGGUGGGUCCAGUGGUACGACUGACCCACAUGGGCGAGGUGGAUUUGGCACAGCGAUGCGUGCAGAUGGGGGUUACAUUAGAGACCUGGAGGAAAUUGAAAUGCGAAACCUUGGGACUGUUGUGAGGUCAGGGAAAAGAAGCAUGGCGUCAUUUGAGGAAGAAUUGGAUAGCGAGAGUUUAAUUUAGUCAGCGGCCGUGAUUAAUAUGCUUGCAAGGAUGACAGAAAAGGGUUUUUAGAAGGAUAAGUAUAAAUAUGUAUGUAAGAAUUGGAUUACACAGAGUUUUCGUGGAAAAAAGAAGAAACGGUUUAUUUCAUUUGUCAAUAUUUCGAAUGCUAUCUACCAUUCGUUAUCAAGACAUGCGUAGAAAAAGAUUAGAAAUUUGUCGUCUUCUAGGAUAUAUGAAUGUGCUUAAUUUUCACGUAUUACUAAAACUAGCACCCCGGAAUUGUUCCCGAAAAAUGUCAAACAACAACUGUUCCUUGAUUUAUUGAAACAAAGCUUACUUGACAUAAAUCCUGUGCAUAUGUGUAUGUAUGUAUGUACGUAUGAAAUUACUAAUGCAUAAAUGUAUGUGUUUAUAUGGGUGGAUGUGAAGUUAACGAGAGUUUGGUCUGAUCUGAAAAAAAUUGAAAUUUAUAUCGUUUCAGAAUAAUAUGUUCAACGUAAAUAUGUACAUAAAAGUUGGGCUUAUUAUAACAAUCCAACGUUGCAUCGUGGAUAUCGAUUUCCAUAAACCUUAUCUAAACAACAUUAUUAUUUGUAUUGAGUUAUGAAAAGUACCUUUGUUGUGUUUGUAUUUGUACGUAAGUACAUACAGUAGCAAAAUAUUUUUUUCGGCCAGAGUGAUUGUGAUUAAUAUGCAGUCUGUUGUAGUAUUUAGUAGUUAGUACUACUAACUUAGUAGUAGUAGUACAAUCUCGUGACAAUGCCAAAUUAGCCUUUGGCAAUUUUAAAAUCCCAAAAAAUAAAGAUAUAUUUCAUGCCUAAUUUAUAAUACUAUUCUCAACAAUAGUUUUAUAGGUAACUACAUAUGUAGAUACAUAUAUACAUGAUACAUAAGCACAUUUGAACAUUUAAAAAGAUUGUAAUUAAAUUAAACGUAUGCUUAUAAUAUGCAUAUUCAAUAUAUGUAUCUGUAUGUAUGUAUGUACAUAGAUCACACUUUUCAACCCAUGUAAUGAAUACUGUCGACAUUUACAUAAUUACCAGAAAAACGAAUGAAACUGGAAAUACUUAUUUUCUGACGUGUUAAUUCUAGAUGUCAUUUGUAUUUGCAAAUAUGACAAUUAGUACUAAUAAUGCACUUUAAAAAUAAACGUUAGACGGAAGAGUGA